ACAGUCCUGGCCGGCAUGGCUGCUGCGCCCUCAGCCUAUGCAUGGGGCUCGCUCGGCCACACUACGGUGGCAUACAUUGCACAAAACCUUGUCUCGCAGGAUACCAAGAAGUUUGCUCAGCGUAUCUUGAAUGAUACCUCGGCUUCUUACCUGGCGAAUGUUGCUACAUGGGCUGACAACUACCGCUACACUACCGAAGGAGCCUUCAGCGCGCCCCUCCAUUACAUCGACGCCCUAGACAGCCCGCCCAAGCAAUGCAACGUUAACUACGAACGCGACUGCCCGGAAGAAGGAUGCAUUGUCAGCGCCAUCGCCAACUACUCGACCCGCGCCGUCACCAAGGACGUCGGCCUCGCCGAGCAGCAAAAAGCGCUCAAGUGGGUGAUCCACUUCGUCGGCGACAUCCACCAGCCGCUGCACGUCGAGAACCUCGAGGUUGGCGGCAACUUCAUCAAUGUGACCUUCAACGGCGCCCGCACGAAUCUGCACGCUGCGUGGGACACCGCUAUUCCUCAGAAACUGAUCGGCAACUUUUCGCUUGCUACUGCUGAGAAGUGGGCUGCCAACCUAACCAACGAGAUCAAGCGCGGUACUUAUAAGAAGGAGAGCAAGGCCUGGUCCAAGGGUCUCAAAGCCAAGAAGCCUGUUGAUAGCGCUAUGGUGUGGGCGUCCGAUGCGAAUAGCCUUGUUUGCAGCACCGUUGUGCCCCACGGCCCUGAUGCGGUGCGCAACCAAGAGAUUAGCGGUGCUUACUAUGAGACUGCUAUCCCGGUUGUGACGAAGCAAAUUGCCAAGGCAGGUUUCCGUUUGGCAGCGUGGCUUGAUGCCAUCGUUGAGAAUGCCGGCAAGGAUGUGAUCAAGGGCGACGAUGGAAAGUACGGUCUGAGCAAGAGGGAGUUCAAGUUUGCGGACUGGCAGCUGGAGGCUAAAGCUAAGCGUGCCGCCUUUGGAGAUGACUGUGGUUGUGGUGCGGAUCACGCUCACUAAACUUGAGUUGAUCGAAAAGUGUGUUUGAGCCGAGUUGAGCGUGGCGUUGGCGGUGCAAGGAGCUGGCCUGGUGGCUUACAGUGUUAUGUCUGAAUGAAAGGCG